GUCUUCAUUAGUCUGUCGCGAGUUUCAAAAGAAUCAAGCAAGAAGACAACAAAAUGAAAAUUCUUUUCAUCGCCAUUAUUUUAAUUCUUAAUUUAAUCAAUGAAAUUCGAGGACAUGGCAUGGUAAUGUCACCGCCAGGUCGUAGUACACGAUGGAGGACAGAUCGUACAGCUCCAAUUAAUUAUGAUGAUAAUGGCACCAAUUGUGGUGGAUAUUCUAAUCAAUGGAUGAACCACAAUGGAAAGUGUGGAAUUUGCGGUGACCCAUAUCAAGCAACAACGCCAAGAGCUAACGAAUUAGGUGGAAAAUAUGGUGGCAGUGGUGUCAUUGUGGCUAAUUACACGAGAGGUUCAUCCAUUCAAGUCACAGUUAAAAUCACAGCGAAUCAUUUGGGAAAAUUCUUGUUCGACAUUUGUAAUCUUGACAAUGAAGGCGAGAGCGAGGAGUGCUUUGCAAAGAAUCAACUUCUUACUAUCGAUGGAAAUAAGGAAUAUGCAAUUGGAAGUGCUGCAAAGGAUUAUUAUGUGUCUCUUCAACUACCAUCAACACUUUCAUGCAAUCAUUGUGUUCUUCGAUGGAAAUACAUUUGUGGAAAUAAUUGGGGAUGGUGUCCUGAAGGUGGUGGACGAUUGGGAUGUGGACCUCAAGAGAAUUUUGUAACUUGCUCGGAUAUCAAGAUUUUGAAGUGAAUUU